CCUCUGGCAGGUCCGCUCCAGAUAAGACCCAACGAGCUCGCCACUGGGAUACUGUGACGGAUUCUCGUUUGCAUCCUCUGCAUCUAGACUACAGCACGAAGCAACAGACUUUUUUCACCUCAACUCGCAGUGGCCAAUCUGAUUACAUCAGCCUUUCCCUUGACUGCCCAGCUGUGUCUGUAUUGUCUUUCAACAACGCCCAGCUUCCGUCUCGCAUUCACACUUCGAGUCGGAGCACAAUCCUUGUGCAGAAUUUCCCAACGUUUCCAAGUCGCUGUAUUUCAAAAAGCGCAACACCACACGUAUCCACGCUGGCUUCCCGACAACGUAGUCUGGGACGCCACACACCAACAUACUCACGUCGUCAUGGCUGACUCCCAGGGUACGCCCGCACCUGGGGCACCCCCGCCAACAUCCUCGCAGAGAGGCAACUCAGGCUCAAAUAGGAGGGGCAGAUCUGGCCGGGGAAGAGGCCGAGGAGCACGCAACGGAGCUGCUGCUCAUGGAGGCGGAGCGCAAGCGCCGCCAUCAGGCGGCAAUGCCACCCCAGUAACGACUGAGAACCCGAGCCCAGCUCCAGUUGAGAUGACACCCAGCUCUAUGGAGCCAAGGACGGCAAAUUCAAGGAGCCGAGGGGAGAGGAGGGGUGGAAGGCGAGGAGGUAGGGGAGGCCAGGCUGCUCAGGGGACUCAAAUUGCCCCUCGCAGAGCAUUUGGCGGCCAUCUUUCCUCCGCAGUAGCCCAAGACGCCGCAUCAUCCCUCAGCGCCGACGCUCCUGCCUUCGUCCCAGGCCAGCCCGUGCCGACAAGGGAGAGGCGACCACCAAGGUCGAAAGCCCAGGAUGCGCCGAAGCCACGCCAGAGGAGAGCUUCCAAAUCCGAGGCCCCUGAUCUGACCACGCGAAUCCACGAGGACAUUGAUAACGGCCAGUACGAGUGCGUCAUAUGCUCAUCCGAAGUCGUCCGCACGUCGCGAAUAUGGGCGUGCACCACCUGCUGGACUGUUGUUCAUCAUCACUGCACCCGGAAAUGGUACAAGAGCCAGAUGGAGGGCGAUCAGCCACAGGGCCAGGAACCCACGUGGCGAUGCCCCGGCUGCAACUCAAAAUUGACCGAAGAGCCCGGCCCCUACACCUGUUGGUGUUCCAAGGAGUUGAACCCAAAGUCAACUCCCGGUCUGCCGCCUCACUCAUGUGGACAGACAUGCUCCAAACCACGUGCGACCUGCCCACACCCGUGUCCGCUCUCCUGCCAUUCGGGUCCAUGUCCUCCUUGCACGCUCAUGGGCCCUGUUCAGCCGUGCUUCUGCGGCAAGCACACAUCUCAGAAGCGAUGCAUCGACACUGACUAUGUCACUGGUUUCAGCUGCAACGAGGUCUGUGGCGAUCUCUUGGCAUGUGGAGAGCACUUUUGCAGUCAAACAUGCCACCCGGGUCUCUGUGGCUCUUGUAGUGUGCCUGUGCUCUCAACUUGUUAUUGCGGCAAGGAACGCAAGGAAGUUCUCUGCAAUAAGCGAGAGGACGUUCUCGAUAGCUACAAUUUCGGACAGCUGCAGGACGACUCAUCAGAUGAGCCCGAUGCUACCUCUGGGACUUGGUUUGAGGGCUCAUUCGCCUGUGAUCAAGGAUGUGGGCGCAAAUACGACUGCGGGCUUCACACAUGCGAGAAGCCGUGCCAUCCCCAGGACGAAGAAGCCGCCCAUUGCCCUCUGUCCCCUGAUGUGGUCACACAUUGCCCUUGCGGCAAGACGCCGCUGGAAGAGAUCAUGCCGGAACCUCGACAAUCGUGCCAAGACAAAAUUGCCCAUUGCACGCAGAUCUGUGGAAUCAAGAUGUCUUGUGGCCAUUUCUGCCAGGAAACCUGUCACACUGAGAAAUGUCCUCCAUGCUUCCAGAAGAUGGAAGUUUCUUGCCAGUGCGGCCGAACAACGGUUGGGUCCACCUGUCAACAAGUCCCUCCGGAAGAGGUCCAGCAGCCAAUGUGCUUCCGAACUUGUCGAGCCACCUUGAACUGUGGACGGCACCAAUGCGACUCCCGCUGCUGCCGCGGCGAGAAGGCUGCGGCCAAGCGCCAGGCGAACAGGCGCAGAGCCAAUGUUGCGACUGAAGACGUUGAAGACGAGCAUAUCUGCUCCAGGAUGUGUGGGCGUUUGCUGACGUGCCAGAAACACUUCUGUGAGCAACUCUGCCACCGAGGCAGUUGCAACUCAUGCCUUGAAGCUAUCUUUGAGGAAAUCGCGUGUGCUUGUGGUCGCACUCGGCUCUAUCCACCCCAGCCAUGUGGUACGCAACCUCCCCAGUGUCGCUUCCCAUGCACUCGACCUCGGACGACCUGCAAUCACCCUCAGGUUGAACACCAGUGCCAUCCGGACGAAGUGGAGUGCCCUAAAUGCCCAUUUUUGGUCGAGAAGCGCUGCAUUUGCGGCAAAGAGGUCCUGAAGAACCAGCCGUGCUGGUUUGAAGAACCUCGCUGCGGCCGGCCGUGUAUGAAGGAACUGAAAUGCGGUCUACAUGCAUGCCAAAAGCUCUGUCAUCGCGAAGGUGAAUGCGAGGAUGUGGACAUCCCCGGCACACACUGUUCGCAGCGAUGCAACAAGGCCAGACGAUCUUGUCCGCAGGGUCACGAGUGUGUUGACGAAUGUCACGCGCCACUGCCUUGCAACGAGGACAAACCAUGCCAGUUAGAGACGUUUUUGGUCUGCGACUGCCAGAGGCGCAAGCAGAAAGUAAAGUGUCUAUCAACCCGUAUCAACCCGGAAGGACCACAACGGGACCCGCUGAAAUGCGACGACGAGUGCGCACGGCAGAAACGUAACCGUCAGCUUGCCGAGGCCCUCAACGUCGAACCAGACCACACGGACGAUCACAUCCCCUACCAGGCGGUCACGCUCAAGCUCUUCCGGGACAACACCCAGUGGGCCCAGACCCAGGAGCGCGAGUUCCGCGUCUUUGCCGAGUCGAACCUGCGCAACAUGCGCUUCAAACCCAUGAAGUCCUACCAGCGGCAGUUCAUCCACGCGCUGGCCGAGGACUUUGGCCUGGACUCGGAGAGCCAGGACCCAGAGCCCCACCGGCACGUCAGCAUAUUCAAGGGCCCGCGGUUCGUGUCCGCGCCGAGGAAGACGCUCAUGCAGUGCGUGCGGCUGGCCAAGGCGGCCGCGCCGGCGCGCCCCGAGGCGUCGCCCGCGGCCGCGUCCAAGCCCGCCCCGCAGCCGUACAACGCCCUCCUGAUCUCGAAGCCCAGGUUCGGCCUCACGGCCGAGGAGCUCGACGCGGCCCUCGCCGCCGACCUGGCCGCCGCGGUCCCGGCGGAGCACAGGAACAACCUCACCCUCACGACCAGCUUCCUGCCCACGGACGAGGUCCUCAUCAGGGCGGCAACCAGGACGACGGCGGCAACCAUCGCCUCGGGGACGCUGAACCCCGCCCAGGUGGAGUCGCUCCUCUCCGCGCUCAAGCCAAAGGUCGCCAAGGCCGUCGCGGCCGACGGCCUCGCCGCCGGCGGGGUGGUGCUGUGCGCGGUGGCGGCGGCGGCGGCGGCGGACUCUGCGUCGCCACACAUCCUGCGCCGCGAGGGCGACGGGUCUGGCGGCAGCGGCGGCGGCGGCUGGUCCCAGGUGGCGAGCCGUGCCGCGGCCCGACCUAGGCAGUGGGCUGCGGCGCCGGUCAUCGACGCCAAGGUCCCCGGGACGGGCUUUGUCGCGCUGCGGCGGCUCGGCGCGAGGAAGCAGGAGAACAAGGCCGAGGUACCCGCGGAGGAGUAA